GCGGCGGGCGGGCUGCUGCCGCACCAGUCGCGCUCCUACCCCAGCGGCGGCGCCAGGCUGGCCAGGACGCCCUCCGUGUCCUCGCAGGGCAGCCUCGACUCCAGCCUCUCCAGACAGAGCCAGGGGUCGCAGCGCGGCUCGAGCCCCGUGAUCCGCACGCCGCUGGGCGGGCCGGACCGGUCGCCGUCGCCGGUGGGCGCGCGCGCCGCCUCGCCGUGCCCCUCGUGCCCCGGGCCCGGGCCGUCGCCCUCGCCGUCGCCGUCGCCGUCUCCGUCGCUGCAGCAGGUGCAGCCGCAGCCGCGCGCCGGCCGCUGCCUGUCGCCGCUGCUGCUGUCGGCGGGGCCCGGCACGCCGCCGCCGUCGCGCGAGCCGCCCGCCUCGCCGCUGGGCGCGCUGCAGCCCGACCUGUACGCGCGCCGCGACGGCCCGCUCUUCCUGGACGCGCGCACCCGCGGCCGCAGCCUCGGCCGCCUCCACCUGCGCCUGCACUACGACUUCGACAAGUCCGACCUGCACAUACACCUCAUCGAAGCACAUGACCUUGCAGGCAGUGAACAAGGUGGUUUCAGUGAUCCAUAUGUUCGACUCAGUCUUAUGCCACCUGUAGACAACCGUAAAAGACAAACAGCCAUUCACCGUCAUGAUCCAAAUCCAUUUUUUAAUCAGCAUUUCAAAUUCCCUGUAUCACACCAGGAUCUACAGGAAAAAACACUUGUAUUGCAGGUAUUUGACUAUGACAGAUUUUCUCGGAAUGAUGUAGUAGGUGAAGUCAGGAUGUCAAUGGAAGAUCUAGAUGUGACAUCUAGUGUUGAAGUGUGGGGUGAAAUCAGCAAACACAAAAAGCCUCCUGAAGAAUUACAAGAAGUUCUGCUGUCGCUCAGUUACCUUCCAUCUGCCGAACGCCUAACUGUUGUUUUGCUGAAGGCCAGAAAUCUUUUCCUACCUCCAGAUAAGGACACUGUUGAUCCAUUUGUGAAGGUGUACUUGCUAAAUGGUGGUAAAAGAGUGAAGAAGAAGAAGACUGCAGCAAGAAAAUCAAACUGCAAUCCAGUAUGGAAUGAAGCUCUAACUUUCAAUGUGGCAUCAAGCAUUUUACCACAGACUGCCGUAGAAGUAUGUGUGAUGGACCAAGGCAAUGAUCUCAUUGGACACACUCCACUUCUGGGAUGUUGUGUAAUUGGUCCACAAGAAGAGGGUCCUGAGCAAGAUCAUUGGAGAGAUAUGACCCAAAGUCCACGAAAGGCUGUGGCAAUGUGGCACACUCUCAGAUAGAUAUAUCAAGACAGGAUAUCUACCUUCAGCAUAUGAUUUCUCACUGGAUCAGCAAAUAUGUAUUUUUCCCUGAGGGCUAUGGUCAUGUGGCACUCUCUCAGGUAGAUCAAUAAGCAGAUCUGUUAUUAUCACACCAAUUCUUUUUUAUUUUUCUCCAUUGUAAGAAACUUCAUGUCCAGACAUUUUAACACACUGUAGAAUUCAUAGUAAAAGUUAGAAAAGGCUGAGAUAUCUGGUAACACUUAACUGAUUUACACCAUCAGUGAUUCUGUGAUGCAAAUAUCUUGGGGCAAUAAUACAAAGGCUAGUUCCAAAGUGGGAAUUACACAUGUAUUAUUUCAUUUCACAAAAAGAUAAACAUUCUUGUACAAGUAUCACCAUAUGACUUAAAUUUUAACACAUUUGGAAAAUGAGUAUUGCUUCAUUGGCGUGAACAGACGUGUUGCAUAGAAAAUAUUAUAUUCAAUGUGUGUCAUAGGUGGCACAAUAUAUUCCUAAUAAAUGUAAUUAUGUAUAUAGGAAUUUAAAAAUCAAAGACCAAGGAGAGUGCAGGUCUCAAAGUGAUGUCAAAAGCAGUCACUUUAUGAAGCUAAAUUUAACUGCACAUCCCCACAUCUCAAAUUCAACUGUAAGAAUAAAGAAAUACAUUUAAAAAUUGAAGUUUUGAACUGUAUCUGGAAAUAUUCAGAGACUGUAAUCAUUAGCUUCCUCUCUUUCCAGCUAUCUUGGGUGUAUCUCUUAUCCUUUGGAACAAAGGAAGUGAA